AUGCCGUGCAGACAUGAACGUGUAGCAGCAGCAAUAAUGCUAUUAUUAAAUAAAAAGAAAAAAAGAUCUGUUUGGGUCCGACAAUGGAUUUCGAGACGAUCUGAAUUCGGUUGUUUUCAUAAUUUGUUAAGAGAACUUCAAAUAGAAGACGCGCAACAAUAUUUUAAUUUAAUUCGCAUGACUGCUGUGGAUUUGGAAAUUUUAUUACAAAAAGUGGGUCACCUAAUUAAAAAAGAAGACACUCGGAUGCGAGAUUCAAUAUCCCCGAAGGAAAGACUCAUCUUAACGUUAAGAUUUUUAGCAUCUAGAGAAUCAUAUCAUUCAUUGAUGUAUCUACUCAGAAUUCCUGUCUGCACCAUAUCUAAAAUUAUUCCGGAAGUAUGCAACGCUUUGUACGAUACACUACAUGAGGAAUAUUUAAAGGUCCCAACUACUCAAUCGCAAUGGAUGCAUAUUGCGAAAAUGUAUGAAGAAAAAUGGAAUUUUCCUCAUUGCCUUGGUAUACUAGACGGGAAACAUAUUGUUUUUAAGGCACCGGCUAAUAGUGGGAGUUAUUACUUUAAUUAUAACGGAUCCCAUAGCAUCGUGCUAAUGAUAGUGGCAGACCCAUCUUACAAAAUUACUUAUAUGAAUGUUGGAUGCAAUGGCAGAAUUUCUGAUGGAGGUGUUUUUUUACAAAGCUCACUAUUCUCAGCUUUAGAAAAUAAUACUUUAGACCUUCCACCAUAUUCACCUUUACCGGGGAGGUCCAUGCCAGUUCCAUAUGUGUUCAUAGCUGACGAUUCAUUUGCAAUAAAACCUUACUUAAUGAAACCAUUUCAUUUUUAAAAAUCAAUCUGCACCUAACAGGGUUUACAAUUACCGUUUAUCAAGAGCAAGAUGAAUGGUGGAAAGUGUUUUUGGGAUACUUGCUGACAGGUUUCGUAUAUUUAGGAAGCCGAUGGAAUUGAAUCCACAGAAAACUAAGUUGAUUACGAUGGCUGCUUGUUCAUUGCACAAUUUUAUAUUAUCUGCAAAUGACGUCACACGGAUGCGAUAUAUUGAAGGGGGUUCGAAUAUGAACGAAAUGGAAGAUCUGCCUUCACAAAACCUCAUUAAUUUACAAAGAGACCAAAAUAACAGACCAGGAACAGAAGCGAUGAGAAUUCGUGAGGAAUUUAAAGAGUAUUUUGUUUCGCCACAAGGCGAAGUACAAUGGCAGUACCAAUAUAUGUAGAAUAUUUAAAUUAUAAAAAUAUGUA